AUGGCAUCUUUCAUUUCAGAUUUUGGCCUUAUGUGGUAUUUGAAAGACCUAAAUAAGAAGGAGUUCAUCAAGUUUAAGGACUUUCUCAUACAGGAGAUUCUGAAAUUGAAGCUGGAACAGAUUUCUUGGGCCGAAGUAAAGAAAGCAUCUAGGGAAGAUCUUGCCAACUUACUUCUGAAAUGUUAUGAGGAGAAUCAGGCCUGGGAUAUGACAUUCAACAUCCUCCAGAAGAUCAAUAGGAAAGAUCUCACUGAGAGGGCAACAGAAGAGAUUGCUGAUUCUUCCCCUCUUGGACUGACUGACUCAGGAAACCCAAAGUUAUAUCGAGAUCAUUUGAAGAAAAAGCUGACCCAUGAUUGCUCAAAAAAAUUUAACGUCCGUAUUCAAGAUUUCAUUAAAGAGACUUUCAUUCAGAAUGACUAUGACACUUUUGAGAAUCUUCUCAUGUCAAAGGGAACUGAAAAGAAGCCACACAUGGUGUUCUUGCAAGGCAGGGCUGGAAUUGGCAAGACACUGAUGUUAAAAAAUUUAAUGCUGGCCUGGUCAAAAGGCCUGGUGUUUCAAAACAAAUUCUCUUACACUUUCUACUUCUGCUGUCAAGAUGUGAAGCAGUUGAAGACAGCAAGCCUUGCUGAACUUAUCUCCAGAGAGUGGCCCAGCCCCUCAGCUCCUGUAGAGGAGAUCCUGUCCCAACCGGAGAAACUCUUAUUUAUCAUUGACAGCUUGGAAGGGAUGGAAUGGGAUUUAACCAANCAGGAAUCGGAGCUGUGUGAUAACUGCAUGGAGAAGCAGCCAGUGAGUACACUGCUGAGCAGUUUGCUCAGGAGGAAGAUGCUCCCUGAAUCCUCUUUCCUCCUCUCCACUACCCCAGAGACUUUUGAGAAAAUGGAGGACAGGAUUCAGUGCACAGAUGUGAAAACAGCAACUGCAUUCGAUGAGAGAAGUAUUAAGAUAUAUUUCCAGAGAUUGUUCCAAGAUAGGAUCAGAGCCCAGGAGGCCUUCAGUUUGGUGAGAGAAAAUGAGCAGCUGUUCACUAUAUGUCAAGUUCCUCUGCUCUGCUGGAUGGUGGCUACUUGUCUAAAAGAGGAGCUAGAGAAGGGAAGAGACCCAGUCUCCCUCUGCCGAUGUAUCACCUCCCUAUAUACCACUCACAUCUUCAAUUUGUUCAUUCCCCAAAGUGCCCAAUAUCCAAGUAAGAAAAGCCAAGACCAGCUGCAGGGCUUAUGUUCUCUAGCUGCUGAAGGCAUGUGGACUGACACAUUUGUGUUUGGUGAGGAGGCUCUCAGGAGAAAUGGGAUCUUGGACUCUGACAUCCCCACCCUUUUGGACAUUGGAAUGCUUGGAAAGAUCAGAGAAUUUGAAAAUUCUUACAUAUUCCUCCACCCAUCUGUUCAGGAGGUCUGUGCUGCCAUCUUUUAUUUGCUAAAGAACCAUGUGGACCACCCUAGCCAGGAUGUUAAAAGUAUAGAGACUGCCUUGUUUAUGUUUUUAAAGAAAGUAAAAACACAGUGGAUUUUUUUGGGCUGUUUCAUCUUUGGUCUUUUACAGAAAUCCGAACAAGAAAAGCUAGUGGUGUUUUUUGGCCACCGGUUGUCCAAGAACAUACAGCAUAAGUUAUAUCAGUGCCUGGAAACCUUAAGUGGCAAUGCAGACCUUCAAGAACAAAUAGAUGGCAUGAAAUUGUUUUCCUGUCUUUCUGAGAUGGAAGAUGAAGCCUUCCUAGUGAAAGUAAUGAAUUGUAUGCAACAGAUUAACUUUGUGGCUAAGAAUUAUUCUGAUUUAAUUGUUGCUGCCUAUUGCUUGAAACACUGUUCUACACUGAAGAAACUAUCCUUUUCAACCCAAAAUGUCCUGAAUGAAAAAGGAGACCAGAGGUGUAUGAAAAAGCUACUCCUCUGUUGGAAUGAUAUGUGCUCUGUGUUUGUAAGGAGUAAAGACAUCCAGGUACUCCAAAUAAAAGAUACUAGUUUCAAUGAGCCAGCCAUUCGAAUCUUGUAUGAAUCUCUGAAGUACCCCAGCUUCACCCUUAACAAACUUGUGGCAAAUAAUGUGCACUUCUUUGGUGAUAACCACAUGUUCUUUGAAUUGAUUCAGAACUGCAGUUUGCAAUAUUUGGACCUUGGCUGCUCAUUUCUGACUCACAGUGAGGUGAAACUGUUGUGUGAUGUCUUGAACCAGGCAGAGUGCAACAUAGAAAAGCUUGUGGUAUCACACUGUAAACUUUCACCUGAUGACUGCAAUAUCUUUGGCUCCGUCCUGAUGAGCAGCAAGACACUGAAGGUUCUUAAUUUGGCAUACAACAAUUUGAACCAAGGAAUAUCCUCACUGUGCAAGGCUUUGUGCCACCCAGACUGCAUUCUGGAGUACUUAGUGUUGGCCAACUGUUCCCUCAGUGAGCAAUGUUGGGACUACCUUUCUGAAGUUCUUAGGCAGAACAAAACUCUGAGCCAUCUAGACAUCAGCUCCAAUGACCUGAAGGAUAAAGGACUGAAGAUUCUUUGUAGGGCUCUGACUCUCCCAUACUGUGCCCUGAAGUCACUAUGUUUGAGCAAUUGUCAAAUCACUGCAAGGGGCUGCCAGGACCUGGCUAAAGUCCUGAGGAACAACCAGAACCUGAAGUACUUACACAUUUCAAACAAUAAGCUAAAAGACACUGGUGUGAGGCUGCUGUGUAAGGCUAUAAAACAUCCCAACUGCCACUUAGAAGAUCUACGGUUGGAAUCCUGUGAGAUAACUGGUGCCAGUAAUGAGGACCUUUGUUUUGCUUUUAUCCAGUGUAAGACCUUGCAGAUGCUCAACCUAAAGGGGAAUGCCUUCAAAGUCAGUAGGAUGAUUUUCUUUCCAAGGUUCUGA